AUGGGCAACAUAUGUUCAGCGCAAACCGAGAGCUCAAAGUCCAACCAUGAGAUCAACUCGACCAUUGAGAAGGAGAGAAAGAAGAAAUAUAAUGAAGUCAAACUGCUGCUGUUGGGUGCUGGCGAGUCUGGAAAGUCAACCAUCGCCAAACAGAUGAAGAUCAUACACAAGAGUGGUUACAGCAAUGAGGAGAGAAAGGAAUUCAAGGUCAUCAUAUACAGGAACAUCUUGGACAACAUGCGCAUUCUUCUGGAUGGCAUGAGCAGGAUUGGACUGAAUGUCGACCCUGCCAACCAAGAGGCCGUUGCCAUGAUCCGCGAUUACACCUCCCUGCACUCUGCCGUCGCCGACUCCAACUGGACCGAAUUGGACGAGGACAAGGGCAAAAAGGUAAAGGCUCUCUGGGAGGAUGCCGGUAUCAAACAGGCCAUGAAGAGAGUAUCAGAGUUCAGUACUCUUCCAGACUCUGCACCAUACUUCUUUGAGAAUAUAGAUAGAAUGACAUCCAGCGUAUACCUACCUACGGAUCAGGACAUCUUGCACACUCGAGUGAUGACAAGAGGUGUACAUGAGAUUGACUUUGAGGUUGGAAGGAUCAGGUUCAGAAUGGUCGACGUUGGAGGCCAGCGAAGUGAGAGAAAGAAGUGGCUGUCAUGCUUUGACGACGUGACUGCCGUCGUGUUCUGUGUGGCACUGAGCGAAUACGAUCAGCUGCUCUACGAGGAUAAUGCCACCAACCGUAUGAACGAGUCACUGCGUGUGUUUGGCGACGUGUGCAACAUGUGGUUCAUCAACACGCCAAUCAUCCUGUUCCUCAACAAGUCGGAUCUGUUCCAUGCCAAGCUCAAGACGGUGGAUCUGUCCGAGACAUUCCCCGAGUACAAGGGAGGCAAGGACUUUGAACGUGCCGCCAACUACAUUCGUGAGCGUUUCCUUCAGAUCAACAAGAAUGAGGCCAAGAACAUCUACUCGCAUGUCACAUGUGCCACAGACACUGACAACAUUCGUGUGGUCUUCCAGGCUGUCAAGGACAUCAUCUUCACUCAGUGCAUCAUGCGAGCAGGACUCUAUGCCUAA